AUGAGUAAAGCUGUAGGAAAAACUUUCAGGCCUGGAGAGAAAUCCGGUUCUUCUAAGGAGUCCAAGCUCGGGCCAUGCCCAGCUGCGGACUGGUCGCAAAAAGUUGAUUGGAAACAGUACUUAGAUGGGCUAAGACAACAUUGUUCUCAAAUCACCGCUGGGGGAAUUUUUCUGAUCAACGGAGAUACUCUUGCAGUUGAUAAUAUUCCAGAUAUUCCGACUUACAAAGAAAUCAAAAAAGAAGUCGUCCCUCUUUUCAAAAACCCAGUUACUUUGGAUCACAGCGAAUUCCACUUCUUCAAUUUCAACAGCGUCAGAUACCGGCUCGAUCGAGUCGAGAAAAAGUCGAUCUUGCGAGCUGAAACGGAAAACGAGGAUAUUCCAAUGACAGUAAUGAAGACUCCCAGAGGCGUCGUAGUUCUAGCGAUCGGAAACGAGGACUCCCUCGACGACAGCGGCGAGAAAGUAGCAACUGCUGUGAUCAGAAUUACCAAUUUCUUGGAAAUGUGCGGCUACUAG